AUGCCGUGGAAUUGGUUCGUAGAAUUUAAAACUAAAAUUAAACGCAUCAAUUUAUUUAAAGAUAUUGAUAAAACAAAUGAAGAAGACAUCAAAAAUCAAAAAAUAUCGACAAUUAUCUUUCUUAUUCUGUUUACAAUAUCAAUUGUUGCUCUCUUUCUCUAUUCAGCCUUAACUCCUUUAACAAAAACGGUAGUUGCUGAACAACCUUCUUUAUUCGAUUAUCAACAAUUAGAAGAAAAAUAUUCAAAUACAUUAUUAUGUCCAUGUACAAGUGUUUCUAAUGAAUACAGCGAAUUCAUAUCAUCAUUUACACCGACUUUCAAUCAAAUCUGCUCAAGUGAUUUUGUUAGUGAUGAAUGGCUCAAUUAUGUUAACUAUCGUUUAUUUCUUGAACCACAAUAUCAUUUUGUUUGGGAUUUUCGUCAUUCAGCUUAUGGAUUUUUUGCUAUGCUACGUACACUUUGUGUAUUAGCUAAGCAAACAAUUGAUGAUCAAUUAAUUUCAUUCUAUUCUGCAAUUUUACUUACAGAAAAUACUAUUUCAGAAGAUAUAUUCUUAGCUAAUAUAAAUGCAAUUCGUGAACAGUUUAUAGCUACAAGUAAAAAUGAUUUUAUAAUUACACUUGACUCAGUUCUAUUAAUGGGAUUAGUUAGUAGUGGUGCCUUCAAUCGAUUGGGAACAAAAUGGCAAUUAUUUCUUUUUUUAUACCCACCCAGUGGAUUUGUCGAUGCUUGGUCAGGUCCAUCAUAUACAACAAAUGGAAAUUGUCCAGCAUCCAGUUUAUACUGUAGUGUAACAACAGGUAUUUACUUAAGAAAACUUCCCAAUGAGACAUCAUCUAAUUUACCUUGGGCAAAAUAUCGAGCAGAAUUACAAUUUGAAGUUCCAGGUGUACUUGUAGGCACUUUCAUACUUUAUGCUGUUCUUCAAUCAAAUCUUUCAUGUUUAUAUAAUGAAAGUUGUUUAUCGAAACUAAACACAUAUUUAAAUGAUUCACUUUCUCUAUUCAAUGCAACACCUUUAGCAGUACCUUCUUCUGCUUCAUCUCUUCCAACCAUUAAUGAUUUAGCUAAUCUACUAAUGGUGGAUUCUUGGCAAUUAAAUUCAUCUUACCAACAUUAUUUCAAUGCAUGCAAUCCAUCAACUUGCACAUAUACUUAUAGUCAUCAGUUUGAUAUUCUUUUUAUUAUUACGACGGUUAUUUCAUUUAUUGGUGGAAUUGUAACAGUUCUUAUGAUCGUAAUAUUACCGACAGUCAAGUUCUUAAGAAAAAAAGUUAAAAGUUUCAACCGAUUAUUACGAUCACCGAAAGUUGUACCACAUGAAACUACUAUUGAACUGCAAGCUGUUGGUGAUACCACUGAGCAACAAAAUUCAUUAUUUGUUAAAAUAAAAAUGUCUUUGUUCAACCUUAACUUUUUCUCAGAUUCAGAUGAAAACAGUGAAUGGCACUUAUAUGGUCAACGUCUUUCAACUCGAUUCUUCAUCAUUUCAAUAAUUCUUACAUUUUCUAUACUUAUUCUCUAUGCCUCCACAUAUUCUAUUACAAAAACGAUCACCAUUAACAAACCUUCGAUCGACGUUUAUUUUACUCUUCAAGAUAAAUAUCCUCAAACACUGACCUGUCCAUGUUCAUCAACAACAAAUGAACACUCUCAAUUCAUAUCAUUUCAACCGAUAUUUCAUCCAAUUUGUCUAUCAGAUUUUAUUACAGCUAAUUGGAGUAACUAUUUAUUAUCAGUGGACGGUGGUAACAUAGAUUACUAUGAUUUUCGUCUCAACAAUUUGGUAUUCUUUCCAACUGUUUUAUCCUUUUGUGAACUAUCAUCGGAAACAAUCAACAAUCAAAUAAUCAUAUUCAACUCAACAAAAUAUGUUACAAAAUAUGUACAAGAAAUAGAUUUUUUUAAUUUUCAAACACAACAGCUCAUCAAUAAUAUGAAACGAACCACAGUGAAUUCAUUUCAACUUUUAAUCUCAAUGGCCCGCCAAACAAUUUGGGGAAAUGCAUUGUUUUCUGUUCUAGCUUAUUUGUAUACACCUGACCCGACGAUUAAUUAUGAUUAUAACUCAACAUUAAAUCCUCAUCAAUUAAAUCUCAUAUUUUACCCAUUGUAUUAUCAAUCUAGCCCUAACACAACAUGUUCAUGUAAAAUCCAGCCAACUACAUGCAAUCAAUUAUCUAAUAUCAGCAAUCCUAAUGACACGACUGAGGCCGCUAACAAACUAUUUACUGUUCCUGGUUAUUAUAUUGGUUGUUAUUUGAGUGAAUCAAUGUUUCGUUCUAAUUUUGAAUGUUUUUUUGAUCAAACAUGUUUACAAAAUAUAAGUAAUUUAAUUUAUUCAACAUCAAAAUAUCCAUUUAAUGCAACUGCUAUGCAAUUAAAUAGCAGUCGUUAUAAUUUAACAACAAGUGUACAAGAUAUUAUUGAUAAUUUAAUGAUUGAAGAAUGGAAUAAUGAAACAUCAUUUCAAUUUUAUUUUAAACAAUGUAAUCCAUAUUUAUGUUCAUAUUCGUAUAAUCUUAAAGGAGAUAUCAGUUAUAUAUUUGCAAUUACAUUUGGUUUAAUUGGUGGAUUAACAACUAUUUUAAAAAUAAUUAUUCCAUUUAUUGUAUUAAUGAUUAGACGAUGGCGACAAAAAAGAAAAACUGAUACCAAUCAACCAAUGAUUAAUCAAGAUAUACAAACAACAACAAUAGGACAAAAAUUAAAAAUAAGUAUUUUAACAUUUAAUUUAUUUAAAAACCGAAUUAAGAGAUCUGAAGAACAAUUACAACAACAACGUUUUUCAACACGUUUCUUUCUUAUAAUUACUCUAAUUACUUUAAUUAUUUUAGUAUUUUAUGUUUCUUUUGAAAAUAUUACACAUACAAUUAUUAAGAAUAAUCCAACAAUUACUGAAUUUAAUAAACUUUAUCAAGAAUAUCCAAAUACUAUUCAAUGUCCAUGUCAAACAUAUUCAAUUACUUAUGAAGAAUUUAUUAGUUUUCAACCUCAUUUGCAUUCAAUUUGUUCAAGUACAUUUGUUGAUGAAACUUCACAAUGGAUUGUACUUGAUUAUCCACAAACAAUGCCGAUACAUUCUGCUCGAAAAGAUGAUUUUCGACAAAUUGGAAGUCUAUUUUUUCAACUUUUAAAUUCAUUUUGUAAAUUAUCAAAUAAAACAAUGAAUGCAGAAUUAACAACAUUUUAUUCAACUAGAUUUAUUACAUUAAAUUUAAUUACAUUUGAACAAUUUCAAACUCAGAUAAAUCAAUUAAUUAAUCAAUUUUUACAAAACACAGCUCGUUCAUUUAUUAACUCACUCUUUUUUGCGGAAAACAUGACUGCAGCAAAUAUGUUCUUUUCUGCAUAUCAAUCAGAUUCAUUGUAUUCAUCAGCAUCUCCAUUAUAUGAGUAUAAUACAUAUUCAGAUUAUGAAUAUGCAUAUAUUUAUGAUCGAGUAGAUCAACUAUAUAAUUCGAAUGAGACUGGAAUUGAUUGUGAUUGUCAAAGUACACCAUGGUGUAUUCAACAAGCAAUUGUUUAUGAUUUAGAUACAAUAACACAACUGUUUUCUCCACCAGGUAUAUUUGUUGGAUGUUAUCUUGUUGAAGCAGUUUUACAAAGUGAUCUAAGAUGUUUCUUCGACAUUGAUUGUUUACAACAGUUGAUCGAUAGUUUAUCUUUAGAAAAUAUCAGUGUAUCGGAUAUUAUUUUAAAUUCCACAGCAAGUCAUUAUCAAGAAAAAAGUUCUUUAUUAGAAAUUGUUUCAAAUUUAAUGGUUGAAGAAUGGAAUAAUCAAACAUUUUAUGAUAAUUAUUUUAAUAUAUGUCAACCAUCAGUCUGUACAGCAACAUAUAUAAGCCGUGGAAAUAUUAUUUAUAUUAUAACAACAACUAUAGGAUUGAUUGGAGGGUAUAUAUCAACAAAAUCGGCACAAACAGUAUGCUUCGCAUUAAUUGUAAUCAUGAAUUCAAGUUCAUGGAUUGAUCUCUCAAGAGUAUUUUUGCAAUUACCUAUUAUCAUUCCACUUACACCUGAAGGUUGGAAAUUAUCAUCAUUAAUAGCUAGAUUACAACAUACUUCAGAAACGUCUUUUAGUACGUUAAUUUUACUCCUAACUCUUCUUGUUUUCAGUGGAGAUAUGCUAAUUGGCUGUUUACAACCAUUAAUUACUUAUUCUUUAUUACCUUUUGGUCAAAAAACAUUUUAUUAUACAUGUAUUCUCUCUCCAUUUGCCUAUCCUAGUGCAUGUUUUCUCAGUUUUCGUUGGCCAACAAUAACAAUACGUACAGUUAUCGUAGAAACGAUAAUUGGCGUAAGUCUUUGUAUUUUUAUUGUAUGUACUGCUUGGCAAAGUCCAUGUUCGUGGAUGGCUGACACUAUAUAUGGAUCUAUAGUAAUGGUUACCACAUGGUGUCUAGCAACUUUAAUCCUAGCCUAUAUUCGAAUUUCGAAUUGCGAUUGGAAAUCGAAUUAA